CCAUUUCCAGAUUGUGGACAUAGGGAUAGGAAGAUCAAGCGUCAUGUCCAGCGUAGUCACCUUCCUAAGAUUUUCAGCGACACAAGACCACUGCGUUCCUUGGAUCAGUCCUCUUUGGCCCAGCUGCAGUACUUGGCAUUGGAAUCUUUGGUACGAAGCGUCCUAGGACAUGAUGCUGAUUUACUGUCUGCUAUGGAUUAUGUGAACCGCUCAGGAGCUCUUACCCGGGGUACCACUCUUCAUCCUGGCACUGUCAUCUAUAUGCAGAGAUUGUGUAGAUAUCAAGGAUGGUUGGAGCCAUAUGAAGGUUUUACAUUAUCACCACUUAACUCACCAGCAGCCCUUUUUCACUGGAGGUGUCUGGUAGUACUUUUGUCACCUUUGCAGCCCAUGCAGCGCGAAGAAUUUCGUACACUUGGACGUGUUACAAGGGACAUUACUAGUACUCCAGAUACCGAGGAGACUCAAGUGCCGGUUGUUGACUCGUCAACGGAAGAUGAGCUUACAUGUAUAGAUGUCAGUUAUGGAUCUGAUGUGGACAUUCCCAGAGAACCAGUAUCUCAGAGUGACCCUUGUAUUGUCCAUGAGAUUUGUAGUCCAGCGUCAUCUUCCACAUAUGAAGCCUUUGACAGUCAUUUUCAUCUAGACCGGACUUGUUCCCGCAUAUGGAAAGUUUCUUCGGGGAAAUCUGUGGAGGACUUACUAUCUUACUCUUAUUCCAGCGACCGUCGUCCUAACCUUGAUGUAACACUUUCAGGAGGAGUAGCUGUUUAUAGUGAACCAUCAACACACCCCAAACUUGCAGAUAUGCGUGGUCCUUGGAGGAUAGCUCUUGGAGUUCAUCCCAAGCAUGUUGAUGAGUUGACGUCAGAUAGAUUCCUCCAUAUGAAGAAAUUGUUGGACAAUCCAUAUGUGGUGGCAUUAGGUGAGAUCGGACUUGACAGAACUGUCCCUGUGAAGCUGUGGAGACAUCAAGAUGAAGUUUUCCGCCAAGUGCUGAAGUUGACCCGUAAGGAUAAAGUCCUUGUCCUUCACUUGCGUGGAAUAGCUGCGGACAGGAUUGGGAUGGAUGUACACGCACGCUGCAUCCAACUACUUAGGAAAUCGUGUGACCCAGACCAACCUAUACAUCUUCACUGUUUCACUGGUGACCCUGAAUUAGUCAAGGAAUGGAUGGAUAACUAUUCUAACGUCUAUUUCGGAUUCACAGGUGCUGUGACGAACUUUAGUGCUGAUCAAGUUGCCGGUUUGCAGUCCGUCCCAAUGAGCCGCUUGCUUGUGGAAACAGAUUCCCCAUACAUGAAACCAGGAGGAGGAACUGUAAACACCCCUGCGUUCAUUGGAGACGUUGCCGCCGAGGUUGCAUCAAAACUACAAGUUAACGUGCAGUACCUACUGAAGGAAACCGUUAAGAAUAGCCGUCGUCUCUAUAAGUGUUAGAUGAUAUAUAUAUAUAUAUAUAGAGGACUAUUCCUGCAGAAUUACAGGUCUGGAUUAUCUUCCGACUAAAUUCAUGUGGAAUGUCAUAUGUUAUGUUAUUUUCUGCAAAAUUAUAGGUCUGGAUUGUUUUCCGAUCAAAUUACUGCAGAGUAUUGUAUUUAUUGUUCUUAUCUACAAAUAUGUUAAUGGUAUAUUUAACGUAUUUUAUGUAUCUGUAUUUAUAAUAGAAACCUGUUAAAUAAAACGGGGAGGAAUGUAGUGAAAUUGCUAUGUUUACAUUCUCCCUAAUGUUAUGACCUCUGACCCUGGUCUAUCCAUAUACGGGGUAUGUCACGUGAUACCCCGUAUUACCAAUACUGAAGCUUCAGUCCUGGUCCUGAUUCCUAAGUGUGAACACUGUUUCCUUAUACCUGAUACCUUGAUACUUGUUUGUAUUUGAUGUAUACCUGGACUCAUCCCUUUGAUAUUACCAUUUACCUUGUUUGCUGUUGCUUGCUGUCGCCUGAUUAAGGUAAGGCGCCAGCCUCAUUUAUAUUGAUAUAUGAGUUUAUUGUCUUAACCAACUCGGUUUCACGACAAUUG